AUGACGACCUUCGAUCAGGUACUGUCCUAUUUGGACAGUGUCAACUACAAGGACUAUGUGAUAGGAUUUAGCUGCACUGUCUAUGUCUUUGAACAAUACUUAAACUUUCGACAGCAUCGCAGGUACUUGAUGCGCGAACGUCCCAAAGAUCUAGCCGAUAUUGUAGGCGAAACCGACUUUUCCAAUUCCCAAAGCUACAAUCUGGAUAAAUCGCGCUUUGGAUUCAUCGAAAACGCAUUCAGGCAGGUGGAAGCUUUGUUCAUGAUUCACUAUGACGUGUUGCCCUACCUUUGGCAUCUUUCUGGUCGUUUAAUGUUGGAAUACACGGGAUAUGAUUCUGAAUAUGAGAUUCUGCAAUCGCUUCUCUUUACUAUUGUUUUCUCGCUCGUCUCUACUAUCACUUCGUUGCCAUUCUCGUUGUAUUUGACGUUCGUUAUUGAGCAAAAACACGGUUUCAACAAGCAGACGAUUGGUUUGUUUUUUAUGGAUUUAUUAAAGUCGCAGUUGGUAUUUGGUGGUAUCAUGAUGCCGUUCCUUGCCGCCUUUUUGUGGAUCAUCAAGUCGACUGGUGAACGCUUCUACUUCUACGUAUGGGUUACUGUUGUGGUGUUCCAAAUGUUCUUUAUUACCAUCUAUCCUACCGUCAUUCAGCCUCUCUUCAACAAAUUAACCCCUAUGGAAUCUGGUGAGCUUCGUACGCGAAUCGAAGAGCUUUCCAGCCGCAUCAAUUUUCCUCUCAAGAAGCUCUAUGUCAUUGAUGGUAGCAAGCGAUCCAGUCAUUCGAAUGCGUACUUUUACGGUUUCGGCAAAAACAAGCAUAUUGUCUUGUUUGAUACCUUGAUUGAUCACUCAACUACUGAUGAAAUUUGUGCUGUUCUUGCACAUGAAUUGGGCCAUUGGGCCAUGAGCCACACACUCAAAAUCCUUGCUGUCACGCAAGUUUAUAUGUUUACCAUGUUCUGGCUCUUUUCGCAUUUCAUCAACAAUACACGCCUGUAUCAAGAUUUCGGAUUUAGCACCAUGCCAACAUUGAUUGGGUUCUUGUUGUUCCAGUACAUUUAUGCACCCGUCGAUAGUGUGAUUGGUUUCUUGAUGCAUGUCUAUCAGCGAAAGAACGAGUACGAAGCAGAUGCAUUUGCAUUGAAGCUCGGUUAUGCCUCGACCUUGCGUAGUGCAUUGAUCAAGCUGAGUGUCAAGAAUCUGGGUGGAUUUAAUGUUGAUCCUUGGUUUUCUGCGUGGAACCGAUCGCAUCCUAGUCUCACGGAACGAUUGUCGGCUCUUGGUAUAAUGCCUACAUCCGACAAGCCUAUCAUCAACCAAGAAGAGUCCAAAAAGGAACAGUAA